AUGCUCCUGCAUCAUUGUGCACAGUAUGUGAAAGGCGUGCGACAGCUUGUGAAAGGGAAGACGCUCGCUCCAAGGCGGGGAUGUCGUUGUGCGAAACGUUCUCAUGUCCGUUCGAAAGAGGAUCUAGUGGUGUCGCUGCUGUUCGGUUGGAGUCAUGCGGGCCUUCCUCCCCUUUUCAAGUGCCCAUGGAGGCUGACUGUGGCGAUUCGUGCACCUGCAGGCUCAGCCAGGUCGAUGACGGACCCCCUGGCCCUGCCGGUGCCCGCCCCAUCCGGAAGUGGGCUGGAAGCGGCACAGGCCGUAAGGGCCGGCCAAACCCUUGGGGACGGCCGAAAGGUGUCCCCAUCCGACAUUCAACUUGUGCAGAACUUGAUAGAGAGGUGCCUGCAGGCAUACAUGCCAAAGCUCGAGGUUGUCAAGACGCUUCAGGAACAGUACAACAUAGAGCCACGUUUCACCACACUUGUGUGGCAGCAGCUGGAGAGGGAAAACCCAGAGUUUUUCUGGGCUUACUACCUCAGGCUGAAGCUGAAGGACCAAAUCGUCCUGUUCAACCACCUCCUGGUGCAGCAGCAUCAGAUGGUUCAAAAACUGCAGCAGAGGUUCAUCCCCCCGAUGGUGCCAAGGCCAGCUGCAGAGUUUUCUGGUGUGUCCCCUUUUGGCACGGUCCAGAUGCCUACGAACCAGCACUUGCAAGCAGGGGCACAGACGCAGCGUCAACCAGGGGCUGUGGUACAGGCCAACGGUUUGUGCUCGCACAGCAGCCUGCCUGGAAGGCUGGCUCCAAGCCCUGACGGUGUUGUUGCCUGCAGCGAGCCAGCACAGCAGGGCCCGCUCGCAAACCCGUUGAUGGGCAGCGGGCUUGUGCCUGUUUCUUCGCCUACCCCACCUGCACCUAGUGCUCUACCAGGGAUGGACCUCCAGGGGAUGUAUGGGAUGGGCCCACUUGCGCUGUCUUCACCGCUGGACCUGGAGUUCAACUCCAAUUUGUUGCCGACCUGCUCAAGUCCUGACUUGGCGCUGCCUGGGACAACGGCUGACUUCAUGCUGUCCGAAAGGGGGAUGCCAGGUAUUGGCACAGGGUCAGCCAACGACCUGCAGGGCAUGGCGCAAGCAUUCAGCUAUCCUGACUUGGCUUCAUUAGAUAUCCAGGUACCUCCCUACAUGAACACCGAGGGGGACGGCCUGACGGGGGCGAUCAUGUCCGACUUGCCCCGAAUUAGUAGUCUAUCGGAUAUGACGCCGCUAGAUCUGGAGGCGCUGGACCGAUCGUGA